UGUUUAUUCAGUGUAGAAACCGUUUGAAAAUACAAGUGAGAGGUUUCCUACAUUGUAAGGACAAUGGGGAAGUUGAGCUAUGCUGGGCUUCUUAUCCUUGCAUUUUUGGCACUUUUGGGCCAUGCUCAAGCUACUCUGAAAAUGGGAUUUUAUGAUCAGAGCUGCCCGAAAGCGGAGAAGAUCGUAUUAGAAUAUGUGAAGCAGCAUAUCUCGAGAGUUCCGACCUUGGCGGCGCAGCUUAUUAGAAUGAACUUCCAUGACUGUUUUGUGACGGGCUGUGAUGCAUCUGUUCUGUUGAAUUCAACUUCAAACCAAGCAGAGAAGGAUGCAAUUCCGAAUCAGACCCUCCGCGGCUUUGACUUCAUCGACCGCGUGAAGAGCUUGUUAGAAUCUGAGUGCCCUGGCGUUGUUUCCUGCGCCGAUAUCAUUUCAUUGGCUACCAGAGAUUCAAUUGUAGUAACUGGAGGACCCACUUGGCGUGUCCCAACCGGUCGAAGAGAUGGGACCAUAUCGAACAUUACGGAGGCCUUUAACCAAAUCCCAGCUCCAUUUGACAAUUUCACUACUCUGCAAUCUAGUUUCGCUAGCAAAGGACUUAAUGUGAAAGAUUUGGUUCUGUUAUCUGGCGGCCACACAAUUGGGAUUGCCCACUGUACGUCGUUCAGCAACCGUCUCUACAAUUUCACAGGAGUAGGUGAUGAAGACCCAUCUCUAGACAGUGAGUACGCUGCAGUUCUUCGUAGGAAUAAGUGCAGAACACAGACUGAUAACACAACAUUGGCUGAAAUGGACCCGGGCAGUUUCAGGACGUUCGAUCUCAGCUACUACCAACUUUUAUUGAAGAGACGAGGUCUGUUCGAGUCCGAUGCAGCUCUGACCACAGACAGCACCUCAAGAUCUUACAUCCUCGAACUCCUCAAUGGCCCACUUUCAAAGUUCUUUGAGGAGUUUGGACUGGCCAUGGAAAAGAUGGGCCGCAUGGGAGUAAUAACAGGAUCAGUGGGUGAGAUCAGAAAAAACUGCGCACUAGUAAACAGUUAGGAUUCUGGUUUGGAUUGAAUGUUUGUACAACUGUAAGAUUUGAAUGUGUGUCAUCUGUAGAAUUAAUUUCUGGUUCUGGUUCUUCCAAGCUUUGGAUUGUAGAAAUAAAUCACUUCAUUGAUAUCUCUCUCCCUCUCCACUUUUCUUUGUUUUCAUGCUCAGCUGUGAUUCUGUAACAUAGAGAUGAAUGGAAAGUACAAGUACGCAAAUAAAGAUCUUAAUCUUUACAUGUGCCAA